AUGGGGCCCUGGGCUGUCCCGUGGAUGAUGCUCUGGCUCUUCUGCCUCCUGCCCUCUGCCAGGGCCCAGACGAAGAUCCCGCUGGAGACGGUGAAGUCUUGGGCAGAUGCCUUCGGUGGGGAGCUGUACUCCAUUGUGACUAAGUAUUCAGGCUCUCUCCUCUUGCAGAAGAAGUACAAAGAUGUGGAGCCAACUCUGAAGAUCAAAGAGGUGGAUGGCUUGGAGCUGGUGAAGAAGUUCUCAGAGCAGAUGGAAAGCAUGCUCCGCAGGAAGGUUGAAGCCGUUGAGAGGUUGGUGGAAGCAGCAGAAGAUGCAGAUCUGAACCACGAGUACAACUCCUCACUGGAGUUUGAUUACUAUAACUCUCUCCUGAUUAAUGAGAAGGAUGAAAAUGACAAUUAUGUGGAGCUUGGAGAUGAAUUCAUUUUGGAGCCAAAUGAGCAUUUCAAUAACUUGCUGGUGAACACAACAUACAGUGAUAUCCAGCUCCCCACCAACGUCUACAACAAAGACCCUGACAUCCUGAAUGGCGUUUACAUGUCAGAAGCCUUGAAUCCUAUUUUUGUGGACAACUUUGAAAGGGAUCCCACACUGACCUGGCAGUAUUUUGGCAGCUCUACUGGAUUCUUCAGGCUCUACCCAGGAAUAAAGUGGUUACCAGAUGAGAAUGGAGUAAUUUCCUUCGACUGCAGGAAUCGUGGCUGGUACAUCCAAGCGGCCACCUCUCCCAAGGACAUUGUCAUUGUUGUGGACGUCAGUGGGAGCAUGAAGGGCCUGCGGAUGACCAUUGCCAAACACACCAUCAUCACCAUUUUAGAUACUCUGGGAGAAAAUGACUUUGUCAACAUCAUUGCCUACAAUGAUUAUGUUCAUUUUAUUGAACCCUGUUUUAAGGGCAUCUUGGUCCAAGCAGACAGAGAUAACAGAGAGCACUUCAAGCAGCUAGUGGACGAACUGCAGGCAAAAGGAGUGGGGACUGUGAACAAGGCUUUGACAGAGUCCUUCAAAAUCCUGAGGGAGUUCAGAGAUGCCGGUCAAGGAGGCUUGUGUAACCAAGCUAUCAUGCUGAUCACAGACGGAGCAGUGGAGGAUUAUGAAGCUGUGUUUGAAAAAUACAACUGGCCAGAUCGGAAGGUCCGGGUUUUCACUUACCUCAUUGGACGGGAGGUCACUUUUGCCCCCAAUGUGAAAUGGAUCGCCUGCAACAACAAAGGCUACUACACUCAGAUCUCCACACUAGCGGAUGUCCAGGAGAACGUGAUGGAGUACCUGCAUGUGCUCAGCCGUCCCAUGGUCAUCAACCACGACCAUGACAUUAUUUGGACUGAAGCCUACAUGGACAGUGCGCUCUUUGCAUCUCAGGCUCAAAGUCUGUUGCUCAUGACAACAGUGGCUAUGCCAGUCUUCAGCAAAAAGAACGAGACGCGAUCUCAUGGCAUUCUCCUGGGUGUGGUGGGCUCUGAUGUACCGCUGAGGGAGCUGUUAAAACUUGCUCCACGGUAUAAGCUGGGUGUCCACGGAUACGCCUUUCUGAACACCAACAACGGCUACAUCCUUUCACACCCAGACCUCCGUCCUUUGUAUAAAGAAGGAAAGAAACUGAAGCCUAAGCCAAACUACAACAGCGUAGAUCUCUCAGAAGUGGAAUGGGAAGACCAGGAUGAAAUUCUGAGAACUGCCAUGAUCAAUGGAGAAACAGGCUACCUCUCUAUGGAUGUGAAGGUCCCUGUGGAUAAAGGGAAACGAGUUCUCUUCCUCACCAAUGAUUAUUUCUUCACGGAUAUCAGUGGCACACCCUUCAGCCUGGGUGUUGUGCUGUCCAGGGGCCAUGGGGAGUACAUUCUGUUGGGAAACACUUCAGUGGAAGAAGGUUUGCAUGACUUGCUCCAGCCAGACUUGUCUUUAGCAAAUGAAUGGAUUUACUGCAUCACCGACAUUGAUCCUGACCAUCGGAAGCUCAGCCAGCUGGAGGCUGUGAUCCGUUUCCUCACCGGAGAGGAACCUGACUUGGAAUGUGAUGAGGAGUUGGUCCAGGAAGUGCUGUUUGAUGCAGUGGUCACUGCACCCAUGGAGGCCUACUGGACAACACUAGCCCUCAAUAUGUCCAUGGAGACUGAGGUGGGUGUCGAGAUGGCAUUUCUGGGCACUCGGGCUGGACUCAUGCGGAGUGCCCUAUACGUGGGCUCUGAAAAAAUUUCCAACAGGGUUGAGGCUUAUGUACACACCGACCUGGAUGUGAAAGAGGGAGGUGGCCUACCAAAAGUGGUGACAGUGAGCACGGCUGUGGCUGUAUCUGUGGAUGGGAAGAUGGGUAUUGCUGCAGCGGUGGGUGUGCAAAUUAAGCUGGAGUUGCUCCAACGCAAGUUUUGGAUGGCCAUGCAACAGUGCAGUGCCUUGGAUGGUGCCUGUCCGCUAAGCUGUCAGGAUGAUAUUCUGAAUUGCUUCCUCGUUGAUAACAACGGCUUUAUACUCGUUUCCAAAAGACCUGCAGAGACUGGAAAAUUUUUUGGUGCAGUGGAUGGCUCAGUAAUGACCCAGCUGCUAAACAUGGGCAUGUUCAGGCGGGUGACCAUGUAUGAUUAUCAAGCAAUGUGUAAAGUACCCUACCACCACCACAGCGGUGCCCGGCCUCUGCUCAGCCCAAUUUAUGCCUUUCUAGCUGCAGUGAAAUGGCUGAUAAGUGAUUUCCUCAUCUUCCUUUUGGAGUUUAACAUGAGUAGCUUCUGGCACUCAGACAACUUGGCAGAUGCCAAGGCUGUCUUCCAUCACUCUCACAAGCACAAGAAGCACGACAUCUUGCAGCCCUGCGACACGGAGUACCCUGUUUUUGUGUACGAGCCGGCCAUCAAGGAGACCAAUGGGCUGAUCGAGUGCGGAGAUUGCCAAAAGAUGUUUGUGGCACAGCAGAUUGCCAGCAGUAACCUGCUGCUCCUCAUCACGGAUGCUGUCUGCGACUGCAGUGUCUUCCCACCUGUCCUGCUGGAUGCAAAAGAGGUCAAAUAUAACACUUCAGUGAAGUGUGAACGGAUGCGGUCCCAGAAGCUGAGGCGACGGCCAGACACAUGCCAUGCAUUUCACCCUGAGGAAAAUGCCCAAGACUGUGGUGGCACUGCUGAGAUCUCUGUCUCACCGACGCUGCUUUUCCUGCCCCUGGCGCUGCUCCUGCAGUGA